AUGAGCGCUAAAAAUACAGAAGAGGUGAUAGAGGCGAGUUCCUCGCACAAUUGGCGAUAUCGUGCCAAAAUCAAGCUCAAAGCACUUCUCCCUGGGCAAUCGUCAAGAAAUGAAGCCGUGACAGAAUCAUCCAGCAACACAUCGUCAACUUUGCCCAGCUCCUCAACGGUCGCUCCAGAUGCAGAAACUGUUAGUCAGACUUUGUCUAAUCCUUCUGUGCCAGUUUUGGGGUCAACCGGCAAUCUCAAAGACUCCACAUUACAAGAUGAAGUUGCAGAUACCAUUGAGAGUCCUAACAUAUGGCUGAAAGCCUAUAAAGCUGCCACGCCCGACACAAGGAAAUGGAUCAACAGUUUACCAGAAUUGACUAUUUCACAAGAUGCCAACGACCAAUCAUGGGUAGCAGAUAUUGUCGAAGUUGUACAGGCGCUAGAAAAGAAGCAUCAAGACAGCGCUCUGCGGAUAACGGUAGGGCAAAAGGAGAUUGCUCUUAGAGAUUAUGUAACCCCAACUGUGAAAUGGCUUACACUGAUCGGCGAUAUUUCCACUCAAUUUGCCCCAGCUCCGUCUGGUAUUGUAUGGUCAGCCAUAAAAGUCCUUCUACAAGUACCAGUAGCGGGAAUGGGAGAGACUGCUGCUAUCUUAGCAUCUACCGCAAGAGUCCUCAGCAUACUUAGGCGCGGAAAAGUGUAUGAGAUUGUAUUCACAAAAGACAAUACUGCUCCUGAGUUGUUGCAGAAUUUGGUCGAUGGACUUGUUGCGCUAUAUGCUAAAUCUUUAGACUUGCUUGCGUAUACGGCUCGACAUCUAAAGAAUCAAUAUCGUCAAAUCCUUGAAUGGAUUUCGAAUCCCGGUCAGGCUACGUCUCUCAUCAUUGAGUUGACACAAUGCGAAACAGCUCUAGAUAGGGCAGUUGAAUGCUGUGAGGUGGCACGCGGUGCUAAUGCAGAUGAGGCACAUACAGAACUCCUCUUAAAUCUUCAUCACUCUGUUGAUCAAAUCGAUAACAGGAUGCGUCGACUUUUUGAUGAGUUGGAAAUCCGAGAGAUGCUUGAAGCCCUUGACUAUUUUAGCGAUGUUAAAUUCGGGGAACAGCACCAGAAGAAAGUUGAAUCGCGAACUCCGGGAACAGGCACGUGGCUUCUAGCUCACCCCAAGUUCAAAACAUGGGAUGAGGCCGAUGAAUCAAGUAUAUUGUGGUUACAAGGUACCGUGGGUGUGGGGAAAUCGUUUCUCGCAUCUACUGUUAUUGAUCAGUUUCUCAGCAAUGGUGCGGUAUCGCAUAGUUCCAAUCGGAAGAAUAAUCAAGGAUUUGCUUAUUUCUACUGCGAACGAGGCUCUAGUAAUCUAAGUGAGCCUAUCAGCGUACUUCGCAGUUAUGUUCGACAGCUCUCUAUAGUUCCUUGUUAUCCAAAAUGCAUGCAAAAGGAACUCGUUGAGCUUUAUCGAGAGAGCCGGAAACAAGGAGCUAAGCUGAGCACAAAUGUCUGCAAAGAUCAAAUAUUUGCAUCGGCCAACCUUUAUCCUAGGACAACGCUCGUCCUAGAUGGCUUGGACGAAUGUAAUGCAAGCGAGAGAGGGGCGCUUAUCAAGACCUUGGCCGAAUUAAUACAGCAUGCGAAGAAUCCCGUCAAACUUUUCAUUUCAAGCCGUCGAGAACAAGAUAUUGCGAAGCAACUCGAACUUUCUCCUAUCAUCGAAAUUAAUGCUCAUGAUAACAAGGAGGACAUACGAAAGUUUGUUGACGAAAGAAUUGAAAGAAUAGAGGAGACUGGGAAAUGGAUCUCCGUUUCUCAGGAUCUUAAAAACAAAAUUAAGGACACUAUUUGUGCCAAGAGUGAUGGAAUGUUCAGAUGGACCUUUCUACAAAUGGAUCAACUUUCGAAGCUUCGCCAAGCAAAACAGCUUGAAGAACGACUUGGCAAACUCCCUAAAACUUUAAAUGCCGCUUAUCAAGAAGUUUUUGAACUGAUAGAGGAAGAUGGCGGAGGGGAAAUUUUAGAGCGUGCCGUCAAAUGGGUUAUGUGCGCCGAAGAUCCUCUAACGACUGACGAAAUUCUCGACGCUGUUCGACUUUCUCCGAGCGGUGAUGGAGCUACCCUUUGUGUGGAUCCCAUAAUUGCCGAAGAGACGCUCUUAGACAUCUGUGGCCACUUGAUUGUUAAGGAUUCCCGUUCGAAGAGAUGGAAGUUUCCCCAUUCAUCGGUAAUUGAGUAUAUCGAAGAAGUGCAUCAAUGGAGCCUUCAGCAAGCCCAUUCAUUCGUUGCAAGGAUCUGUCUUUUAUAUCUAAUCGAUGACGACAGCGUACAAAAGAUGAAAAAUAGGAAAACUGCCGGUUUCUUCCCCAGAGCAAACGGUGUUCAGUACUACAUGGAGACAAGCUGGUUCAUACAUGUUUUAGCAGUUGAGAAACUGGAACUACACGAAUUUGAGGUAUCAAAACUUCUGAAGAUAUUUUUGGAAAUCGACAAAUCUUCUCAAAAGAGUAGUCAGCACUACCAGUACUGGGUCGACUUUUUCCUCGUCUGGAGUAGACGUGAAGGCUUGCGGUUGCCGAAUCGCAGAUAUCAGAAGUUCCUCCCCAUUGAAAACUUCUACCCUGCUAAAGACCGCAUAUUUGGGAUAUGCAUUUUCGGCUUCUAUCAUCUCUUGCAAGACUACUGGAAGUCCGGCAUAGACGUUUUGCCAGUCAAUAGGAGAGGUAUGGAUUUACUUUCAAUCGCCGCAUAUUAUGGUCAUCUGAAAAUCUGUGAGAAACUCAUAGAGCUUGGAUUAGAUGUGAAUAGGCAGUUCAAUGGCCAUCCAGAUGACUCUAGCGCAUUGACAGUUGUUGUGGAAAAGGGAAGUGUGGACAUGGUGAGAUAUCUCAUCAGUCAAGGGGCAGACCCAAAUCUUCCUCUGAAUGGCCCUUCCGCUCUAUGCGCUAGCAUAUCUAGACGGUAUGGGAAUAACUCGAAAUGUACUGAGCUUUUGUUGGAUGCUAAAGCAGAUCCUAACCAUGGAUGCGGCCCACAAUGCAAAUUUACCUAUCCUUUGGAAACUGCCGCUUACAAAGACAACAUCGAGACGGCAAAGCUCCUGCUCAGAAAAGGAGCAAACGUGAACCUCGAGAGUGAAAUCGGAGAUUAUGGUACCGCCCUGGUAGCAGCAGCGCAACAAGGCAACGGAGAAAUUUGCCAGUUACUGAUGGAACACGGGGCAGACGUUAACGCCCCCUUGAAAGCCGGCAAAUACGGCAGCGCCUUGGCUGCAGCAGCAUCGGAGGGCUACCACAAGAUUUGCCAGCUUUUAAUUGACCAUGGCGCGGAUAUCAAUGCCCCAUUAUAUGGAGACUAUCAGAGUGCACUUGCAGCAGCGAGAGAUGGAGGCAAAAUCGCACGGCCAGUAUGCAAAUUAUUAAUAAGCCUUGGGGCAAAAGACAAUGUGUACUGGCACCAAUUACGAUACAUUGUCCAAAACCCGAAUAGGCCGUCUGCCCAGGAUGCCGCGCUUGAGCGUUUCACAUAUGACGGCCUACCAAUUGGAGAAGACUUAAGCCCUAACAGAUCCAGUGAUAGUACUAUAGACAGCCUUGAUCUGUUCAAAGUGCGAGAUAAAUUUUAG